GUCGCUGGCACAGGCUGCGUAUGCAUCUGCAUGGAUACUGCAGGAGCAGCAGCAGCAGCAGGAAGAGGAGGAGGCGGAGGAGCAGGGACACCAGCAGCAGCAACAGGAGGAGGAGGAGGAGCAUGUCGUUGCAGGGCUGGAUUUGCGUCACAGAGAAGCGGAAAGCGCGGGAGGAAGGUCCAGCUUGGGCGCUUCUGCGUCGCUACCAGCGGUGGCAGUAAGAGCAGGAAGAGGGGUAGCAGGGGUGGAUGCCGGGCUGCAGUCGAGUUUGGAUCGGUUCGUGAAGGGGCUGCAGUACAAGAGCGGUUUGUCGUUGGAGACCCGCUACAAAGGCUUCGGCGCCGACCGUUUGAUCUAGCAGUACUGUGAAUCCCAACUGCCCCUCUGGGAUAUGGGGUUUGGGACUCCGAUGCUUUACUUUUCAAUGACUUUUCCCCCGCCCCCCACUGACCGCUUGACCAGAUGUAAGGCCAGAUGGAG